GCGCCAGCGUCGCCCCCCCCUGUCCGUCUCUCUCGCUCUCUCGCUGCGUAACGGCCGCCGACUACGCGAAUCAGCCGAUAGCGCACGGAUCAGCCAUAUCCACUGCACACUCGCGAGCACCGGACGCCCGGACCUGAUCAACCCCAUUCCCCGAUACCUUCCUCCAGCCGCUGCAGGAGCAGCCUUGACACGGAAAACCUACUCAGCGGAGCGGAGCAGCGGCGAUGGAGUCCAGCCAGAAUGAGCCACUACCGUGGGAGAACCAGCAGCACGAGAUGCCAGCAACUGCCGGAUCAAGUCAGCGGCAGCGGCAGCAGCAGCAGCAGCAGCAGCAGCAGCAGCCAAGCCCUCAAGACGAGAUUAUCAGCGUCUAUGAGGUUUUCGUGAAGGACGACUCUGCCGACGCCGCCAGCACAGCCAAGCUACCCGAGGUAUCGGUCAUCUCCGCCCUACCCGUCGUCUCCCAGCAGCAGCAGCAGCAGCAGCAGCAGCUCAUCCAAGCGUUGGAUCUGGACGCGAUUGACAUUAUCAGCGCGGACGGCGAUGGCGAGGACGAGGACGAGACGACUGCCGAGGCGAGCGAGCAGGAGACGCCUGAGGCACCUCAAUCAGCGGCGACUGUAUCAGAGAAAAAUACGCCGGCGUACACUGCGGCCGACCGACUCUCGUCAGCCAAUGCUCAGCUAAUUGAUAAAGAUGAUCCGCGAUCGAGGCUGCACUACGUCAAGUACCUCAAGCGCGACGGCAAGACCCUGAAAAUCUGGGAGUGCGGAAUAUGCUCCAAGGAAUUUCGGCAUCAGUACACGCUGAUGCGGCACUUGCCGACGCACACGGACGAGCGCAACUUCAAGUGCGACGCGUGCGGCAAAGCCUUUCGCCAGCUCUCAACCCUGAGCCAGCACAAGGCCAUACACAGCGACGCCCGGCCCUACGUCUGCGAGUUUUGCAAGAAGACCUUCAACAGGGUCUCGACUCUGAUAUCGCACCGGAAGACCCACUCGGAGCACAAGCCGCACAAGUGCCACCACUGCGGCAAGGGCUUUCAUCAGAAAGGAAAUUUGCGAAACCACGAAUUCACCCAUACAAACGAGCGACCAUACAAGUGCGAUCUCUGCGAUAAGGGCUUCAAUCAGAUGUCAAACCUGGUAUGCCACAAGGUCAAGGCACACGCGCACGCCGAAAAGAUGCAGUACACCUGCGGCAUCUGCGGCAAGGAGUUUCCGCGUCGUUCCAACCUGCGCUCGCAUGAAGAGUUCAAGCACGGCAUCAAAUACCGUCAAACUGCCAGCACUCCAGAAACGCCGACUAACGAGUCUAGAAACUUGAGAAGCAGAAGCGUACGAGUUUUGAACGAGCCUGAAGACGAUCAGCAGGGAUCAUUCUCAGACUCGCGAGACCGAGAUAUGCACAUGACGGAGUUUAUGGAGAAUAUUAUUAUUGACAAAAUCGAGACAAAAGCCAUGGAGUCUGCAUUGCAGCAAGGACAAACGCCUUUCGCCCUUUUUAAACCUGCAAAAGGGAUUCCUGUUCUCGUAAAAGUUACGCCAAGCGGAAGCGUUAAUCACUUACUGACACCAGCUACUGCAGAUGAUUUGAAAAUGUCCGGAAAAAUGGAUUCAAGCUCGACCCAGCUUUCAGAUCUAGACGGUUCGAAAUCCGUACAAAUCAAGGUACCGGUAGUAGCAACUGUUACCGAAAGAAAUGAAGAUGGAAGAAUCAGUUUUGUCAUUGAACCUCCUGGCCCAGAUCAGGAACAAGUUUACAUGGUUAAAAACUCGAGGAAUGACCGGCGAUCCAAUAUCUUUAUACAUAUAUUCCCUUUCCCCCUUCCUACAGACAGUUUAUUAACGCCGGUCGACUCAGUCUCGGAGAUCCUGCCCGACGAUUGCGACUACUCGCCGUUGGAGGAACUCCCAAGUCAACAGACCCCGAGCAACACUCCAAUCGCGAGCCAUGAUGCGACAGACGAGGAGCUGCUUGAGUUAGCCGCGAUGGGAGGCAUUCAGUUUGUGCGUGCCACGGAAGACGGCCGAUACGAGGUGAUGACGAACAGCGAGGCGCGUGACUUGAUGGCGCAGAACUCUCACGAUGUCAAGAUCAUCGGGACCACCGACGAGGCGAUCGGGAACGCCCAUGCAGAAUUCGACUAUUUACCAGUCACAGCGUUGGAUGAGAUACGAUCACCUUCUAUACAGCAGCAACAGCCGUCCGAGAUCAUAGUACCUGAUUCCAACGGGAUUAUGGUCCUCGAUCCGAACAACGAUCAAAAGGCCUUGACCCUCAAUGACAUCGAGAUGCUCGAGGGUAAAGAGCUCGGACAACUUUUGGAAAUCAAGUGCCUGGAAGAUCAGUAUGAGGAUAGCGUUCCUGGAGGCACUUACCUGUCGCAGGCUAAAAUCGAUCAGAUACUCAACGCGAAGACAACAAAUGUAGACGCAAUAGCGGGCAUCAUGGGAGAAAAUAUCGAUCCUGGGACGAUUCAGAGCGAGCUGCCGAGCAUCCUGAACCAUCAAACCAGUGAAUUCUCGACGAUAGCUGCCUCGACUCUGUACGGCAGAAAUCUGCAAGUGCAUCAUCAACCUCAGCAACAUCAUCAACAAUAUCCACAAUAUCCGCUGUCAAUAGAACCCGAACCUAUGCCACUUUUCAAAAACACCCAGAAUUAUAAUGACGACUUCAGUGCUAUUUUCGGCGACGAAUUGCCGACCGCCAUUGACUAUUCGGUUGUGCCCGAAUAUACAACCCGGCCGCGUUUGCCGGAAUUUGACGACGAUCCUGAAUCUAUCUUCAUGACAAUAGGGCAGUCUGGUGGUAAAGUCAUCGCUCAGAAGAACCGCAGUGCACAGAUGUUCGAUAGUGCGAUUGAGAGAGACUAUGAUGACCGCAUUGUCGAGCGAUCAAUCGAACCGCCAGUCAGACACGUCGAGGAUAGAAACCCUGUGACGGAUAUACCUUCGCAGUACGAGGAUUUCAGAUUUCAGAAUAGUUACGAUCAGUUCUUCAAGAGUACAAUGUACGAUUCUCAUCUUCCGAAUUUUAAUUCGAUCGCAACACCGUUGAGCACUUUGAUGCCCGAUCUCGAUGCCAUGAAGAGGGAUAUGCAAAUUUUGGAGAGAACCUUGGAAUCAAAGUUCUUUGCGCCUGAUGAUUUUAAUAACAAAGAGAAUGAGAAACCGUUUAAGGUCCUGGAUCAGAUUCCUGCUGAAGGAUCUUUCGGACACAACGGAAGUGCAGUAGCAGGUGUACUGUCGAGCGUCGAGAACUUCUUUGGCAAAGAACAAGACAAAGUGAAAAUGGACACUGGCAACUUUUUACAACCCUGCAGUCCGUGUGGGCCGGGAGAUUUUCUGUACUUCGAAAAUCGCCUCUCUGAGAGAGAACUAGCGAGUAGUCCAUCGCGAACUCUGGAAAAAUCUCUGCACGAUAGAGAAUUUGUAUCUGAUGGAUUGCCAGACUUGGAUUGUUGAAAAAUCACGCAAUCGUCAUUCAGUUCUCUUGCGGUAAGGUGAAUUCUAGCGAUAUGCAAAUAGCGGCUUAGUCUUAAGCAUUUUGUUGUGACUGGAUAGCUUUUGACUGCGCAAAAAUACGUAAGCUUUUUCCCGAGAAGUCUCUUUUGAUGCAUGCAUAAUACGUUUUUUUAAAGAUCUAAUUUUUAGAAGGAAUGUUUUAAGUUUUCUUCUGGUUAGAAAAAAUCGUGAUUAAAUUUAUAAAGUUUAAUCAAUAUUAUCCAGAAUUUUUGUUGGUUAAAAAUUUUUACAUUGAUAAAGUUAUUCAAUAUGAUUUUACUAACUGAAGAAUAUUUAAUGGAAUUGCAUGUAAUUGUAUAUUUUUAGGCUGCGCUUACAUCAAUUUUUGCGCUAAUGAUAUUUAUCUUCGUCGAGAUUAUGAACCACACUGCGUAAGAUUUUUUAAAAACAUCAUUUAGCUUUACUAUUGUAAUUUUUUUUAUUUAAAUGUCCUGAAGGUAUGUGUAAGAUUAUUUUUAAUAUCAUUAAGUGAUAGGAAUAUAUGUGAGCUAUUUAUAGAAAAAUCUCAGCGCAGGAUUACGUUGAAUGAUUUAUACAACAGUUAAAUUGCUGAUAAUUUGAUUAUAGUCAACGUAUAUAAUAAAGUAACUUCGCAGGUUUAUUGACGAACCCGACUACAGUAUGUGUAAUCUAUAAUAAGUUGUACGAUUUAUAUUGUUAAAGUAUAUAUAGAUAUAAAAAUUAUGAAACCCCGAGAAAUAUUUUGGAAAAUUCUGAGGCAAGAAGUAUUUGUAUCAAUAGAACGCGAAUCUCUUAAAUUGGUUCAGCAAAUACAGAAAAGUCUGGCUAACAAAAA